UUGGUCAUCAACACCAUGUGUGGUCAAGGGAUGCAGAGCCUCAGUGACCCCGUAGCCAGCACAGUCAUCUACACCAACGGCUGCAUCCAGAGGAUGGUGGACUGGAUGUAUAGCAACCUCCUGCUGAUCGGGGCAGUGGCCCUGGGCCUCACCCUCCCCCAGUUGAUUGGCAUCCUGUUGUCCCAGGUCCUGGUCAGUCAGAUCAAAAACCAGAUCAAGUUCCUGAGCUACAACCAGCGACAUCGGACCGAUUACUGGUAGCCAAGGCCAGGCCUCAGAAGGACUCCAACAGCCCCUUGGCUGAGGAGCAGAAAGAUGUCCAAGAACUUCCUGC